AUGUUGUCGAUUCACGUCCAUUCGAUCGUCGCUGACGGGAUGAACGUCUUUUAUCGCGAGGCAGGGAUCGCAGGUCACCCUGUGAUCUUGCUAUUACACGGUGGAAUCGCCUCUAGUUUCCAGUUUCGAGCACUGAUGCCAUUACUAGCUCGUGAUUUUCAUGUGAUUGCUCCCGACUUGCCCGGACACGGUUUCACAUCCCCCAGUCAAGCCCGCGCAAAGCCAUACCAGUAUACAUUUGCCUCGCUCGCCCAAACGCUCAUCGCGUUUGUCGAUGCGCUCAAACUUACCUCGUACGCGCUCUACAUGUUCGAUUUUGGCGCUGCGGUCGGGUACCGACUUGCCCUUGCUCACCCUGAGCGCGUUACGGCUGUCAUUGCCCAGGGCGGGAACGCAUAUAUCCAGGGGCUCGGAAAGGCUUGGGAGCCCGUCAAGGCGCUCUGGGGCGACGUUAAACAAGGCGGAAAAAGGCAUCGGUACACGUACCAAAAGGUCUCGCGGUCGAGUAGCAUCACCAGUAGUAGCAGGCGACACGAUCUCGAACCCGAACUGGAUUCGUACCUCGUCCCGCCCGAACAUCCCGAACUAACAGGUUCGGCCGCGGACAAGUUGGAAUUGCUACGCGCGGCGCUCUUGACUCCCUCGGGCGUGCACUGGGUCUACUCGCACGGCUCGGGCGCACACGGAAACGGCCGCCCGAUCCCUCCAGAAUCACACAUGUUCGAGUCUUCGCUCUUACUCCAGGAACCCGAGCGACAAGACAUCCACCUCGCGCUGUUGGCGGACUACAAGUCCACCGUCGAGCUCUACCCGCUUUUCCAGCGCUAUCUCCGCGAAUGGGCGCCCCGGGUGUUGGCCAUCUGGGGUACCCGCGAUGCGUUUUUGAGUGUGGACGGGGCGAAGAUGUAUCGCGUUGAUGUGCCGGAUGCGGAGAUUGUGUUGCUUGAUGCUGGGCAUUUUUUGUUGGAGACGCAUGUUGAGGAGGUUGCGGUUGCGGUGACGAGGUUUGUGCUUAUGCUGUGA